UUAUAGUUUUCGUAUAAAUAACGCGUAUCCUAUCGUUACAAACAUUGUCGAGUUUGUACACAAACAGUAAACAUGUACAAGGCUGUGCUUUUGGUCUGUGCUCUGGCGCUCACGAUCCAGUCCAUUGCUGGAGCAUGCAUUGGAAAUGGAUUGGGUGUCGGGCCCCUCGGUGUUGCUGGACCUCUAGGUCUAGCUGAACCUUUUGGUCUCGGCGGACCUUUGGGUCUUGCUGGUCCUAUUGGUCUCGCCGAACCUUUUGGUCUCGCCGAGCCUUGUGGUCUAGGUCCACUGGGUGCUCCUUACGGAGCAUACGGUGCUUACGGUCUCGGCUACGGCAUCGGCAACUAUGCUGGACCUUUCCGUGCUGGUUAUGGAUUCGGCGCUUUCAUCUAAUCAACAGAUAGAAGUU